GCCCCUAUGGCCAAUGGGACGGUCUUGGAAGAGGCCCGGGCCGCCUCCAGAGCUUCAAAAACGUGUGAGGAGGGAAGAGGGUGCAGACGGAGCUUCAGCUGCUGCCGCCGGCUUCAGCGCGCACUGCCACCGCUGCCCACCAUCCGCCAGCAUGUCUUCUGCUCACUUCAACCGAGGCCCCGCCUACGGGCUGUCGGCUGAGGUCAAGAACAAGCUGGCCCAGAAGUAUGACCACCAGCAGGAGCAGGAGCUUCGAGAGUGGAUCGAGGGGGUGACAGGGCGCCGCAUCGGCAACAACUUCAUGGACGGCCUCAAAGAUGGCAUCAUUCUUUGCGAGUUCAUCAAUAAGCUCCAGCCAGGCUCCGUGAAGAAGGUCAAUGAGUCCACCCAGAACUGGCACCAGCUGGAGAACAUUGGCAACUUCAUCAAGGCCAUCACCAAGUAUGGGGUAAAGCCCCACGACAUCUUUGAGGCCAACGACCUGUUCGAGAACACCAACCACACACAAGUGCAGUCCACGCUCCUGGCCCUGGCCAGCAUGGCCAAGACGAAAGGGAACAAGGUGAACGUGGGAGUGAAAUAUGCGGAGAAGCAGGAACGGAAAUUUGAGCCGGAGAAGCUAAGAGAAGGGCGGAACAUCAUUGGGCUGCAGAUGGGCACCAACAAGUUUGCCAGUCAGCAGGGCAUGACAGCCUAUGGCACCCGGCGCCACCUCUACGACCCCAAGCUGGGCACGGACCAGCCCCUGGACCAGGCUACCAUCAGCCUGCAGAUGGGCACCAACAAGGGAGCCAGCCAGGCUGGCAUGACUGCUCCCGGGACCAAGCGGCAGAUCUUCGAGCCGGGGCUGGGCAUGGAGCACUGUGACACGCUCAACGUCAGCCUACAGAUGGGCAGCAACAAGGGGGCCUCGCAGCGGGGCAUGACGGUGUAUGGACUGCCCCGCCAAGUCUACGAUCCCAAGUACUGCCUGACGCCUGAGUACCCGGAGCUGGGCGAACCUGCCCACAACCACCACCCGCACAACUACUACAACUCUGCCUAGGGUGCUGGGCCUCCCACCUUCCCCCAGGGAGGCUGGCUGCUGCUCUUGGCGGGCCCGGCCCGGCCUGCUGACCCCCUCCCCCUGCAUGGCUCCUCCAGCCCCCUGGCACCUGCCUACAGGGUUAGUGUUUGUGGGGAGCAGACUGGGGAGCCUGUGGGGGGGAAGGGGGCACCUCCCUGGAGCACUACGAGGUCCAACAUGGAGCUGGGUGUUCCCAACAGCACCCAAAGGACGCACUGAGCAAAGCUACCCCGCUGUCCCCCACUCCCCACAGGUGGGUCCCCCCCUGGACCAGAAGCCCCCCCCAAGCGAAGCCCCCAGAGCCCAGGCUCGCGCCUCCCCCCACCCCAUUCCCGCAGUGGGAGCAAACUGCAUGCCCAGAGACCCAGAGGACACACGCGGUUUGGUUUGCAGCUGGCCUAUGGGAUGUGACAGCGGCGUUUGUAACGCGAGCACUUUCUUUUUCUACUUCACUGGAGCACAAUAAAUAGCUGUAAAAUCA